UUUCCAACAAAGAAAUAUAAAAAUAAUGAUAAUCAAUAACUAGAUUCCACCUACGUAAAAUGAAAUAACGUCAUUGCCAGUGUACCAAUCGCGUAACACAUCCGCCCCUCCCCUCUGGGAUUUGCUAAACGUCAAAUUAUAUACAAAUUACAAUAACAAUAAACACGAUGAAAAUUCGUUCAAAAUAAAAUAAAUGUAAGAUAAAAUUAAAUAAAAAUGGAAAUUUUUCGGUCGGAAUCUUAUUAUAUAUUCGUCAGGAACGAGUCAAGCCUUUGGUGGAACCGAAUAACUGGCGCAUUUUCAGUACGGUCAGCAUGGGACCUUUCGGACAUCGAAGACAUAGAGUGCUUGGGUAUAACAGACGGCAUUAUAGGAAAAGUAGACCACACGAAUAUAUACGAGCCGCGAUUAAUUAUAAUAAAGGAAAGCGUACCCGUCGGUCAAAUUUAUUUCCACCACACUAUAUAUAAAAUUAAAUCCAUAUGCUUUCUAAACAUGGGAGCUACAAAUCAAGAGGUAGAUUUAUGUCCAUGCACGAAACAUGGCUCUUCGACUAUACUGGCGAACAGAGGGGGCGGCAAGAAAAUGGGCGCUAGACUGUUUGAAAACUCUGCAUUCCUCAACAAGACUGUUGGUGCUGUGAAAAAUGUCAGCAACACUAUCAAGACUACAACACAGCAAGCCGCUACACAGGUGAAACAGACAGUAAAAAAACAAAGAGACCCUAAAUUAGCUGAACGUUUUGAAAAACGACUAACAGAUGAACUACACAAAAUAUUUGAUGAUUCAGACAGUUUUUAUUAUUCACGGACACUCGACCUGACAAACAGCUUGCAAAGACAGUAUGAAAUUGAGAAGGUUCUAGAAACAGAGGAGGGUAAUGGAAAACCUUUGACGGAUAUCACUCGAUGGUGGAAAUAUGUAGACGAUAGAUUCUUCUGGAAUAAACAUAUGCUGAAAGAUAUAAUGGCAUUGGAGAGUCCAGAUUGCGACCAAUGGGUACUCCCCAUUAUCCAAGGCUACGUCCACCUGUCACAAAUAGCUGUGGAGCCACCCGAUGCUAACCCUCUGAACACAGAAUCCUUAUCAAGCUCUAGUACAUGCGACGAAACAUUCACCUUGGGCCUCAUUUCCAGACGGUCUAGAUAUCAAGCCGGGACGAGAUACAACCGCAGAGGCAUAGAGCCCAGUGGAAAAGUGGCAAACUAUGUAGAGACUGAGCAAAUAGUCUCAAUCAUAUGUUCCGACAGUAUACACAGGGCUUCCUUUGUACAGGUCCGUGGAUCGGUGCCAAUAUUUUGGAGCCAACCCGACUACAAGUUCCGACCUCCGCCCAGACUUGACAGAACCGAGGAGGAAUCGCACGUAGCCUUCAAAAAGCACUUCGAAGAUGAGCUCAAAAUGUACAAGCAAGUGUGUAUAGUGAACCUAGUCGAGCAGCAAGGUCGCGAGCGCAUCAUAUGGGAGGCCUAUAGCAACCAUGUGCUGAAAUACAACAAUCCGGAUAUUAUAUAUGCUACGUUUGACUUCCAUGAGUAUUGCCGCGGCAUGCACUACGAAAACGUCAGCAUCCUAAUAAACGCCAUCGCGGACAUCAUCGGCGAGAUGCGCUUCUGCUGGCGCGACGACCGCGGCCUCAUCUGCACGCAGAGCGGCGUCUUCCGCGUCAACUGCAUCGACUGCCUCGACCGCACCAACGUCGUGCAGACGGCGAUAGCGAAGUACGUGCUGGAACUGCAACUGUGUAGGCUGGGGCUGGGUACGCCCGGCUGUGGGCUUCCGCCGUCGUUACGACAGGCUUUUCUGACAAUGUGGGCAGACAGUGGCGAUUUGGUGUCCAGACAGUAUGCCGGUACUAAAGCUUUGAAAGGUGACUACACGCGUACCGGAGAAAGAAAAUUCACGGGAAUGAUGAAAGAUGGCGUCGCAUCGGCAAAUAGGUAUUAUCUGUCGACAUUCAAGGACGCAUUGCGCCAAGUGGCCAUAGACGUGAUGACGGGCGAGUCCCGCUCUAUACCCGAGCAACUCAUCGUGCCCGACGGCGCACGCACCUCUGUCAAGGUGCUUAACAUGCUCAACGAGCAGGCGGUCCCGGACACGGCGGCGAUGGCGCAGCACGUCAAGUCGCUGAUCGACGACUGCAAGAAACUGCUGGUGGACACCGAGCCGGUGCUCGGCUCGUGGGGGCUCAUCGACGCUGACCCCUACACUGGCGACCCUCAAGAAACUGAAAUGGACAGUGUGCUAGUGUUGACGAGCGAGGCGUACUACGUCACGGACUACGACGAGACGUCGGACAGACUGCUGUCUGUGCAGAGGGUGCCUUUGAGGGAUGUGACCUCUGUAGAGCUGGGGACCUUGGACUCCAGUGCCACGAUCUUCAGCGUGGGCCGCAAGAGCACCACAGAGCCCGUUCACUGCAUACGCAUAAACUACGUAUACAACACAGAAGCGGGCUACUUCCAUAUGUUUAGAUCCACUUCGUUGAGAUUCUUCAACAACAUGGCCGUUGUUAUCAACACUAAAGAUGAGAUGAUUGAAUCAUUACAUUCCAUAUGCGAGUCGCUGGUGGUAGCUCGCGACAUCGCCAAGCUGCCGCCCAUACCUUUCCAUGAUGGCAUCAAGCUGGAGAGGAAAAAGUCCAAGGUCCACCCGACACAAGGCACGUCGGGAGGCGCGCGCUCGUCUCUGUACUUGGACCUCUCUCGCCUUCCCACUCUUACACGCAAUGUGAGCGAGACGCAGUUAGUGGCCGACAUACGUAGUGUUGGAUCAAAAGCUCUGAACAACAUGACCGAGCAAUUCAGCAAAUUGAACAAGCUAAGCGCGAGAGCCCGCCCCAGUUUACAGCUCAAACUAGACCAGGGCGCGUCCAGGACCAAGAAAAUCUUCACGCUGGGCCAUACAAAAACAGAUAACAAAAAGAAAGGAAGCCAAUCCGACGGCCUUAGCUCUGAUUACUCUUCAGACGAUGAAAAUCGUACUAACAUAUUUGAGCCAACAUUGGACAAUUUUGAAAACAUGCAGCACUACAUCGGAGGUCAGCAAAAGAAGGACGAAAACGACUGCGAAUUGAUCGAAAACCCGUUGUAUUCCUCGAAAAUUGAACCCCACGAAGAAUCUAUAGAACCAAGUCUUCCCGUUGCAACUGAAAAGCUAACCUUAAAGACACCUAGCAACAAUGUCAAGAGAAAUCCAUUCGAUUCUGAUAUCAUUACACCUGAAAUUCAAGUCAUAAACGAUGGUAGUUUUAAUAAACCAGCGCCCCCAAAUUCUCUGCUGCUCUCCCAAAAGUUGUCGCAAAGUUCUGGAUACAUUAACUUGGAGGAAGGUUCGAAUAUAGCAGAGGGGGUCAGCUUCCAUAUGCGGUCAAACUCUCAACACGAGAUUACCUUCAAUAUCGCACAAUCCCACAGUGAGUCAGCGCUCAAACAGCUCAAAAACAUCGCAAGUCCUGUCUCCAGUGCCACCAGGGAUAUGGUACUGUCGCCUUUUUCAAAAUUGGCUAAAGGGGUCCAAUCUUUGGGAGCUAAUUUAGACCCUCGGAAGAAGGCCGCUCCCUCUGUGAAGCAUAUAACGGAGCAACAAUACGAGGAGCACAAGAAAUUGCAAGAAAAAUGGCAAGACUGCAACACGCGGCUCGUCGCUCUGUAAAAUGUUGCCAGUAUAUUAGGUACGUUCCCUUGACGCCACGAAAGUUGACUUGAAAUCCGGCCGCUCAGAGAUUUCGUUUCUGACAUGUCGUAAUCGAAAGGGACAAACAUAUUCAAUUACAAUUGCCUCGUUUUUUUGUCUCAUCACUACAAAGACAAACAGUUGGCAUAACCUUGAAAUAGCGCAGUUCAACAACCUUGUACGCCAGUUCGAAGUUACAUCGCCCGUUCGAUCACGACCUGUCAGAAUCGCAGUUUCUGAGCGGUCGGACAUUAACUAAGUCGGUGUUCAUUUAUUGACGAUAUAACAUUCCAAUUAAUACAAGAUUUUCAUCUUUCGUGGCAAAACUAUUAAAAUAUAGAGAAAAUGUUACCCACACAGUAUGGAAAAUGUCACAAAUAUGCCAGUAAAUUCAAUUAUUUAAUUUAAAAUGUAGUAUUAUCACAUAAUUUUGUAUUAUUUUUGUUUUUUUUUUUAAUUUUAUGUACACAUUGACUACAAGUAAAGAUAGACGGAGCGUUUUUUUUUAAAAUUAGAAGUUAAGAUUUUGUUCAACCUGAAUAUCUCAUUAUUGUUGUUUUGUUAGUUAAUUUAUUUGUUGUUCUUUUAUUUGGGAAUUAUGUGUGGAAAAAACCUCGAUUCGAGCGAAGAAGUUUGUUAGGUUGCAGGGCAGAAAUGCAACCUACGGUAUAAAUUAUAGUAAGGUUUCAUUUGUUCAUGUAAAAUUUAAUUCACUGAGUAAUAACAACUAGUUAUGUGCCCACACUUUUACGAAUUGAAUUCGAAUAUAUGUAUAUUCGAUAAAUUUUAUUUAAUACACAAUUAUUUACUGUUUAUUAUAUUUUUAAAUUUUUUUAGUAAGACAUGGCACAAAACUACACAUUAUAAAGAAUAAAAAUUUUGAAGCUCUGACUAACGAAAAAAAAGUAGACGAAUUCAUUACGAAAGACUCGACGUAAAAUGAUCUAUCACUCGCAAGAUGAAUAAACAGGCGAUGAAUUGCCAAAUUUCCUUUGCUUAGUUCAAUUAUUAGAAUAAUGACAAUUAGUUGUACUGUAACUGUACAACGGAACUUGUGAUUUUUACUCUGGCUUGGUUAGUAUUGGCUGAAUUUACGAUAGCUGUGCGUCAUUUUUAACAUACACGAGCACUAUAAAUAAAAAUUCUCUUCUAGUAAAAGUUUGACUAACUUUGUCGCUAUAUUUGAUUUUUUUAAGUAAUAACUUCUUAUGGGAAGAUAAACCGCUUCGUAACGUAACGCGUUAUGGCGCCACUCUGUCUGGCUUCCCUUUCUCUUACGUAUACGGAAGCAGGUUUAAGUUAUCACUUAUGUCGAGCGUACCAAGACGCAUACGUUUCUUUUUUGCAUUUUAUCGACUCUCGGAUUGGCCCAAUGUUGAUUUUUGACUUUUAAGUUUUAAUGGUCGUUGAAUUCAAGAUUAAAUAAUAUUGCACCAGUGAUGUACUACUAUUAUACCUGUUACAAGAUUUUGUAUAGAGAAAUGUUCCUUAAUUCGUUAGAAUAUUGAAAUCUAUCGUAUAUUCAACCAAUAGGAACAAAAUCCAUCAUCCCAGUGUUAUAAUUACGAGUUCCGUAAUACAGGAGCUUAGAGUUAAAUUAAUAGUAUUACGAGUAUGUAGUCAACAUAAACUAAAUGAAAAAUAUAGACGAAAUACACGACGUAGGGACUUAUGACAGGGAAUUGAUUAAUAGUUAAAUAAAUUAAUUAUUGAAUGUAUACUAUUACUAAACCGUCCUUAUAAGUCCGAAGAUCAUUAUCAAAUAUUCAUUAAAUUUUUGAAUAUUGAAUGAUACCAAUCUAGCGGUUCCCUUUUAAAUGAUGAACUGUGUAUCGAAAACGGUUUAGUUAAGGACUAAAAUCACCAAAGAUUUUAUGCUGAAACGUCAUAAUGUUAUGGUAAUUUUUAAGUAAUUAAAAUUCCGGUUUGUUACAAGAGUAACCGGCUUACUAACAAAAAUAAUGGUUGUAAAUGUAAAUUAAAAAUUGCUGUUAAAAGUCUCUGUAAUGUACAAUUACAUAUUGUCAUCUGCAAACCUGUUGCCAUUUACUGGUGAACACUUUCGUCUAUAUAUUUCAUUUAGUCUAUGGUAAAUAGUAAUUUUGUUGUAAUUUUGACUAAAUGUUUGGGAUUUUUGACUCAACAUGUUAUAAUGGGUCAGAAUUGUUAUGUAUUGCGUAGAUACGGUGUUAAGGAAGCUUUUACAUCAAAUAUAAUAUGCAAGGCUACGUAGCGAAGGCUUGAUCGCGUAUCUGACGCUUUAGCGGUGCGGUAUUGCCUAAAGGUCAGAGCUCAUUAAAGCCACCCAGCACCCAGUGUUUACUCGAUUCGUAUGCCAGUUUUCUAUACAGGAUGCUCGGGAGUAUUUCCCAUAACUUCAAGGUGUUGACGAGUCCACUUACAGGAGCCGAAUUGCAUAACUAAACUUUGUUUUCAUACAAAGUAAUUCAAAUAAUUCCCACUAACCAUGUAACGCACGACUUUUAUCUAUCCUUGAAUUUUAAAAUACGUAAUCGUAGUGGUAAGACUGUCGAUAUCGACGAGAUAUUGCAACUAUUUGUCAAUGAAUAAGUUUGGCUAGCUCAUAAUAUAACGUUGCGAUAUUAGCGACAAAAUUUAAAAUCUAUUUACAAUAGAAAUAUGUUUUACUCUGAAAAUAUUAAUUUUAAAACACAUGUUCCUUAGACAUUUUUAAUUAAUUUUUAGUAAAGAAUAUAACCCUAGAGUUAUGGGAAAUAAGUUCACUGGUGACAAGUUGACAUCGCAACUUCCUCCAGUCGACGAGAUGUGGAUCGAAUAGAUGGGGCUGUUUGGGUGCCGGAUGGCUCUAAUGAGUAAUGACCAUAAAUGUACGCGGGCCUUUAAUGUACAAAACAAUUAAAUUAAAGCCUAUAAUUGAAAUAAAAGUUAUACAUAUAUAGCGGAGAUUAAUUUUUUAGUUUAUUUAUAGACAUUAUAAAAUAAUCAAGUUGAAAUUAACUUAUUAAAAUAAUCAUAUUUUCAUUUGUAUACAAUUAUUAUUUAUUUUAUGUAAACACAGUGCAAAUUAUACUUAAGUACAAAUAUUAUUUAUAUUUGGAGAUGAAACGAAAAUUGGUUGAUUAGACCCGCGUGUUAAUGCAUAGAAACAAACAUCACCCUGGAUUCGCAAUAGAGUAGUGUGGUGGGUUAAAGUUCUAAGUCUCUAUAAAGAGAGGAGAUAGUAGUACAAAUAAGCUGAUAAAGAUAAUUAAUUGAAUUUCCUCAUUAGUAGCAAUUAAUAAAACUAAUUUCAAAGACCUAAUCGUUUCAUCUCUUAUAAAUAAAUAUUGUUAAGUUUUCGUUUCAAACUUUGGUUCUUAAACUUCAGUGCAGAAUUGUAUUAUUCCGUUCCUUUUUAAUGUUGACAAUGUAUAUGUCUAGAAAUGUUUAAAAAAAAUAAUGUUGGCUGCGUAGAACUGAUCCGUUCAAAAUAUGACAAGUGACGUCACAAAAGUUGAAAUAGGUUGUAAAAAAUAUUCCUAUAGAGUAGGAAAACAAUACUAAUCGCUAUUAAAUUAAUAAACUUAAACAUUCCCCGAAAAAUAUACAUGUGGAUAUAGAAAACCCAUCCAAAACGAUUUUUAACAAAACCGCGAACUUACAAAAUAUUUAUGAAGUGUGUUAAAAGUUAUAAAAUAUAUAAAUCGAUUAAACACAGAAAUAAUUAAAAUAAAAAAAAAAAAACAUUAUAAAAGUCUUGAACUUUUUCAACUUUCGCGACAACACAUACAAAAUAGUUGAACGUUGCGUGUUAUCUAGUCUCUAGACAUUGACUAGGCAGGGUUAGUCCAGUUUUAACAUAGAUAGUUUAUUAGCUUUUUAGCGGAACUUACAUUCCUUAAUGUAUAAAAGUAUAAUAACUUCGAUCAGGUAAAUGUUAUAAGCUCUCUCUCACAUUUUUGAUCACCAGUACUCAGUGAAUAUCGCGCCACGCAAAUGAAUCAUAACCCCUUUAUAAGGAAAAGUCAAAUUUAGUAACAUAGUGUAUCAGUGGCGAAGGAUGAAAUUUAAAUGAAGGUAUGCCGUAAGAAAAGGAAAUUCAUACAGUGUUAUACAAACUCCGGUUUCUCUUAUAUCCAUACACAUUUAUAUUCAUUACAACCUUUAAAUAUGUAUACAUUUUUAAAAGGUAACCCGGCUGGAAUCGGUUUGCUUCUGCUCUUCGCCGCUGUAGUGUAUAAAUAAAUAAAUAAAUAAAUAUACUUAAACAAUACACAUCACUAUCUAGCCCAAAGAAAGCAUACAGAGUAGCUUGUGUUAUGGGUACUAAGAUAGUUGAUAUUAUAAUAUUCAUAUACAUUUAUAUACUACAUAUAAAUACUUAUAUAAUGUAUAAAUACACACAGACACUGGAAAAAACCCAUGUUCAUCACACGAAUAUUUUCCAGUUGUGGAAAUUGAACCCACGGCCGUGGAUGCAGAAAGCAGGGUCACUACCCACUGUGCCACACGGCCGUCAAUGUAUAUUACUUGUAUGAUAAUGUAUUUCUGUAUUCUCUGCAAAUGAACGUUACAUUUGAUUUUUAGAUUUCAGUGUGACGUCACGUCUCUCGUGGAAGUGUCAGGUUAGAAUAAUUUACAGGUAUAGCUAAUAAUGAUUCUUAAAUGCUCGCGUUUACCUGAUCGAAGUAUAAUUUUAUAAAUUACUUAAGUAAUUAAUAACUUAUUACUAUACGCCAAAAAACAUUUUGAACUUUUAAAGAUUUCCGAUUCUUUAUAGCGAUGUUUAUGUAAGACAUAAUCAGUAUUACAUCUCUACAGAAUUAUAAUUGACAAUGUCUUACUUAGUAAUCUUGUCUUAUUUAGUAAUUCCAUCCGGUCAAAUGCUUGUCGAAUCACGUACUACGGGUUCUUUAGAUAAUCGUCACUUAGACGUAUUAAUUGUAUAUUAAUUAUUAACUUCUUUACAUAGAAACACGGCAAUCGUGAACUUUUUCACCUAAUCAAAUACAAUUAUUUGAAAUUAUAAAAGUAUCGGUAAAAUCGUACUAUGAUUACAACACAAGUCCAAUUUUGAAAAAUCUAUCUUACAAAAAAGUUCAUUUUUUUACUUCUUAAUUUAUGUAUUGGCAAGUCAACAUAAUUGACGUCGAACGGAUCGCGUGCCAAUCGGCUCUAACAAGUUAUGACCUUUAUUAUUUUUCAUUAAUACUAUGUUUUAUAUAAACAUCGUAAUGUAAACAAGUUUUGAAGGCACUUUAAACUUUUUGACACGUCUAUACUAAAAUCGACACGACCUUUUCUCCCUAAAUUAUAAAAAAAAAGCUUAAUAUUAUACCUCAUUGCAAAAAAUUUGAACAGUAUUAUUGUAUACUUAAUAGUAUUUUGUAAAGUAUAAAUAAUUGUUAUUGUUAGUAACUAAAUGUAAUUCUCGGUUCUUAUAUUAUCCAGUGAGAUAUUAUUAACAGUAGAGAUGUAAUGGUAAGAUGGUAAGCCAAACAUGUUUGCGUAUGGAUAGGUAUAAACUGACCCCCAUAUUCAUGAAUAUGGAUUAAGAUUUGAACCACAUUUAUUUCAAAAUAAAGUGGACUUAAUACCUACUGUUUAAAGUUCACUUUACUUUGAAGAAAUUUGAGGUUGAUAAACCCAAACCUUGCUUAUAAAUAAGGUCGUUUAGGUUUAUUUGAUUUACCUUACCACUACAUUCAAAGCCAGUUCUGUUUACCUAUUACUACGACCUUUAUCCAUUUGUUUAAUGGAUUAAAAUGUUUAAUAUCUAGUACGUUCAAAUAUAUAUAUUGCAAUUAGGUUGCUUCAAAAACUCCUGGCCAAACUAUCAGUAAUAAUAGUUAAUAAUAGAAUGGUCAGAAAUUUUUUAGGCAUCCUACCUAUUCGCAUAUAUUUUUAAUGUACUAAAUUUGAUAUAGAACACUUUCAUUCAAUAAACAGAUGAGUGAAGAUAGUUUCUUAUAUGGAUUAGAAGAUUCGAUUAGGCUUUUUAGGAAAACUAACACAUUAAUAGGAGGUUGAGGAUGAAGUCUUUGAAUUGAAAAAUUAUCUGCAUCCUUUAUAAUAUCUCACUGACAGUUUAACACUUAAUUAAUCUUAGUACACAAUUAUAAUAUACCGGCCAAUCAACAUUAUUAUAUAGAUAUUUCAUUAAAACAAAAUACUAUAAAAAUAUUUCUUUAUCUUUAUUUAAUAAUAAAAUUAAUUAUAAAUAAUUACAUUUUAUACGUACUUACACACAAAAAUAGGAAAAGCGACAAUUAUUUUGAAGUUAAAUUAACAACUUAGACUACCUUUAUUAUUAUAAAAAAAUAUAUAAUUAUGUGCUUACAUAAUAAUGAACAUAAAUGUUGCCGGUACAAACUUUUCACAAAUAUUUAUUGGUCGGUAAAAGUAUAGCCAAAAUUGUUCCUUCUUAUAUUUUUAUUUUAUGUAUUGAAAUUCUGAUCAUUUUUCUUUUUUAUUUAUUUUUAUAUGAUGUAAAGCUAACGUUAAUAUAUCCUAUAUUUAGUAUUUAUAUCCUAAAAUAUAUACCCAGUAAAUAUUGUAGAACGCCGAAUGUUGGCUUUAAAGACAAAAUAAACUUAUAGCAUAUAGUUUAGUGAAAUAUUUAUCCCUUUUUCGACGCGUGUACAGUUAGCUAAACAAAUAUACAAUGAAUAAUAUAGUAUUUAGCAGUUGUGACGUAAUCAAGAACAGAAAAUAGUAUAAAAUAAUGUAAAGGUUGUCACUGACUUGAGCGCAUCGCACCGAAUGUUAACAGUAAAUAGUCCAUGUACUAGAGUGGGAAUGGUAUUUGCUAAAAAUAGCUUUAGUAAGAGUUUAAAUGAAUACAUAUGUGUUGUAAAAUAUAUAAUGAAAUGUCUUUUUUCACACAGACCACAUAUGGUCUAUGGACUGGUAGUGCUCUUAGUGUCAGUGUUAGUGUCAGUAAACUGACCAGAAGAAAGAGACAAGAAGAAGAUGGAAAACUGACUAGAAGGUGUAUAGGUUGCUAUGAUCUAAGUUGCCAGGUGAAUAUUUUCACCAAACCGUAUGUAUUGCCCUGCCCCGUUUCCAAAAAUUCAUGAUUUAUUCUCUAAUAAAUAUUUUCUUUUAAAAUAUUUCAAUAUUAAUUUAUCUUUACUUAAUCUUUACAUAAAUAAAACUGUUUACAUGUUUUUACCAGACUGCAAAAAGGGUUAUUUUGAUAAUAUUUUUUCUGUACCCCAUUUUGUUCACUAAAAUGGAGUAUUUCCUAUGUCCCAGCAAUUUUUAUAUUAUUCACUAUAUGUCGUGCCACGUCCAUAGGCCCAGUAAGCCUCAAAGUUGUAUAGGUGAAGAGACCACAUAUGGACUGUGGACUGGCAGGGUAGUACGUCCAAAGACCACAUAUGGACUGUGGACUGGCAGGGUAGUACGUCCAAAGACCACAUAUGGACUGUGGACUGGCAGGGUAGUGCGUCCACAGACCAAAUAUGGCCUGUGAACUGUUAACCAGAAAUAUUAUAUACGGUUUAUCUGUGGAUUGUUAAUAUUUGAAAGCCUUAAAUAUAAUUGUUU